AUGGAAUGGUUGCCAGAGGACCUGCAUGGGUCUGAGGGAGUCGUAGGGCUUCUCUGGAACCAGCUGACCUAUGCCCUAGCCUGCAGACACUGUGGCAGCAGCUGCCUCCAGAGUCCAGGGAAUCUGAUAAUACUGUUUUUGUUCAUGGUUUGGCAGAUCCAGAGGUGGUGGCAGCUUGGGAGAUGGCGGCAGCUUCAGCCCUGGUACUCUGGGGACAAGAUGCAAGGCAAGGGCCUACCACUUCUGUACCAUGUGGCUUUCCUUGAUCGCCUGUGGAAGCAGAAGUCAGAGGAGGAAGAGGAGGCAUUUCUGGAUCCACUGAAGACACGUUCUCUUCUUAAAGAAGCUCCUAUUGGAGAGCAAGUCACUACAGCCCCAUCUCAACCAUUUUAUAAUUCUGAAGGUCUCCACAAGGCCGCAGGCACACUAGAGCAAGGACUCAUGCAGGCCCCAAACCCUCCUCGAUCCUUCCCCACCUUUCAGAUCUUGACCAACCUGCCUGUGAGGCACACAACAACAUCAGGGAGCUGCUCACAGGAGAGAAAAAGCCAGUUCUUCUGGGGUCUGCCCUCUCUGCACAGUGAGUCCUUGGAGGCCAUCUUCCUGAACUCAGGUGGCCUCUCUCCCUUGAAGCUAUCUGUUAGUACCUCUGUCUUCUUUAACAAGCUUGCCUUCCUGCCUAGAUCCCCAGUAUUGCUGCUUCCCCGGUAUGGCUUCCCAACCCCGCUUCCCACCCAGAAAGCCCAUACUACAGAGGAUCUGGAAAGGAUGGCCUCUGAUCCUCAGCAACUUCCCUCUCCAUCUUCCCCUCCUGUCCCAUCACUUCACCUUCAUCCUAACCCCUUUCCCAUGGACCAUAAGACAGUCCUAUCUGGCACUGAGGCAAAUACACAGUCUCAAGGAACUAGCACCCUGGGAGUUCCACCUGCAGAUAAGACUCAGUGGGGAACCACAGGACAUAAAGAGAGUACUCAAGCCUUUCAGCCCCCAUUGCCAGCCCUCUGCCAGCCCCCAGACCCUCUGUCAGAAGCCCAGGAAAUCAACCCUGAAGGAGGACCUUCUGCAACCAAGGAUUUCUGGGGAUCCUUGGGACACAGAGUGAACCCUAUGGCCUCUGGGUCUCCAGUGUCAGCCUUCUGCCCUUCCCCACAUCCCCUGCCAGAACUCCUGGGAGGCAGACUCCUGGGAGAGUCCUCUGGAUAUGAGCCCCAGUGGACAUACAGAGAAAAUUCAACAAAACCUUGGGCCUUGGAGCCUCCAGCCUUUGACCUCGACCCAGGACUCCACGGAACCAGAUCUACUUGUGUUCCAUCAGAAUCUGAGACUCCAAGGAAGGGCAUGGAGAGUAAGGAAAAUCUCUGGGUCUCUGCAGACCCAGUUUCACCUCCUAGCUUCCCCUCAGCUUCUCUGGAGUCCAUAGGCACAGGUGUCCAGGCAGUCUUGUUUGACUCCAACGCUUUGAGGGGGGCCAUUAGGCAGAGAGACAACCUCUGGGCUUCAGAGUCCCCAGCCCCUGGCCACAGCCUAUCUCUUGCUCCUGUUCUAGAACACCACAGAAUCAGUCCUGUGGGAGGCCUCACUGGGUCAGAAACUGCAUGGAAGGGCACUGAUCAUUCCAGGAAUUCCUGGGCUUCUGAAUCCCCAUCUCUGGCCUUCAGCACACCCCCAGUUCUUGUACUGGAUUCCCUCAGAGCUAUGGGGGUCCCAUUUGAAUCUGAAGCUAGAUGUGGGGACCUAGGAGGGAGAAAGGACUCCCGGACCUCAGAGCUCCCAGACUGCAGCUUACCCCAAGACCCACAUGGAGCCAACUCCUUGGGAGUCCAGCGUGACUCUAAGCCUAUUCGGGGGGACGUGGAGCAGAAAGAAAUCUGUUGGGUUCCUGCGUACCCUGUGUGGAGCCCCAGCCCACUCCCAAACUCUAUGUCCAAGUCUCACACGAGUGAGCCUAUUGGAGACAAAUGUGACUAUAAGCCUGAGGAGGAAACAGUGAAACAUACAGAGAACUGCAGGACCACUGAACUCCCAGCCGCAACUCCCAGGUUCUCUGCUCUUCUACCAGAUCCACACAUUGAUCUUGAGUUUGUGAGGAAUAUGCAAUAUCUCAGAGGGAUCCUCCAGGACCCCAAUCCUCCAGCAGUGGAUCCCCUACAGCCAAUACCCUGGCCUGCUGCCCAAGCUCACGCUCUGAAGAUUGAGUCCAACCAACCUGGCCUACCCAAGGGAGGGCUGUUAACAGGGGCCAACGCAGAGACCCCCUCCUCCCGGGGUAAGGCUAUCCCAAAGGUACCCACCUGCUCUGGGAUCCAGGCCUGGCACUGGAGUAAGGAGUUGAAACUCAGGCUGGAGAAACUACAGCAGAGCCCUGCUUCCAGAUCUCGAAGUCAAUCAUUUAGCAGCUCCCUUACCCUGAGCUCCACAACUCAAGCCACCCGGAAACUCUCUUCUUGCCCACCACAGCAGACUCAUCCCCCAAGUCUGUGGCCCCACUCUUCAAGCUGUCAUCCCCCCAAAGGUCAGAGCACAGUAACUCAGCCUAUCCAGGUCCCCUACUGUUAUCACUCCCACUUCUCUUUCCAACCUCAGACACUAAAGUCUGGCAGGGCAGAACAAGGGUCUCGGAAAGAGCAAAGAAAGAAAGCAAAGACAGUGUACCAGAUCUCACCCCAAGAGUCAUGUGUUCACAUGGAGGCUGGUGAGAACUGCCUGGGCCAGGAAGAGCCCUCGAACUCUGCGGUUCCAGGCUCAGGCAAGAGAGAAGACAAAGCUUCAGCCUUAUCUUCAGCCAAAAAUAGAGCCAGCCCCAGGAAACCCGAAGAAGGAGACUGUGGAGAAGUGGAUGCAAGUUUGGGGUCAUCCACAGUUACAGAGGAAAGCCACCCAGCUCAGGCCAGAAGAUUAGCAGAGAACCCUGUCAGCAGACUUUCACGAAGAUCUCAGCACAGCAACCAGUGCUCUCCACACACUGCUUUCUCCCCCCAGCCUCACUCCAAGUAUGUAAGUUCCCAAGGUCAGAGAGGGGCAAGGCUGGGAACUCCUCAAAUUCUGGCCCCUAGGCACUGUAAGCCCUGCCCUUGGGCACGUAAGCAUCUUUCCUCCUUACCUCCCGCUCCCCUUACCAGCAGUCUCCAAAGGAUAUUAUCCAAGUUUCUGGGUACCCAUGGAUCCAUGCCCACCAAACCCAUCAGCAGAGGAAAGCCUGGUAGUACUGGAACCCAAUAUAAUUAA